ACAAGAUUCUAAGCACGAAAUGACAGCAAGUCCAGAGCAACUCAGAGAUAUAUCAGUGGAAUCUGCUAGGCCAUCUAGGUUGGAAGAAACUCCAGCUGCACUCACCUUUUCAGAUGUGAGCCGUUUGUCUGAAUCAAGAGACAGUACACAACCUUCAAGUCUGCAGAUGGAACAAAGCACACUGAGGCACAAGCGUCGUCUGACAGAGAAGAGUAUUGAGGAAGAGGUAACUAUUCCUGGUGACCAGAUGUUGAUCAUGGAUUUACCAGAUGAGAUACUCCCAGAACAUCAGAUAGAGACAUUGCAAGACAUACCUGAAGUACAUAAAUCCCCAGACAUUGGUGCCUCUGAGGAAGAUCAAGUUAUCAGUGUUCCACACCCAAAUGUAAUCAGAGAAAUUGCUCAUCUCACUGCAGCUGAUGAGACAAUAACAUUUAAAGAUCUGGUACCAGUAACUACGACUUGUACUGAUGCAAGCAAGGUGUUCAGUGUAUGUCUUGCAAAGGUCAAAAUGUGCUGCAUUGUCCCCCCCUCCACUACUGAGAUUAUGCUGCCUUAAAGCUGAUUAAACUUUGGCAAACAUUAGCAUAUGGAGACAUCUGCAUCAGACGAGGAGACUUGUUUUAAACAGUGAGUGUUUUAGUGUAGCUGCAGUCAAUUUUCCUGUUAGUUUUUAUACACUGUUUUACCAGUUCACUCAGAAACGGGAUCCUUUUAAUGAAACAGACUGGUAGUUGCAUGAAUAAUGAACACUUGAUCAAUUCUUGUUAAUAUCUAUUAUUUACACAAUAAGUUGGACAAAAUGGCCUCGACUCAAUAAAAUGUGGCACCUAAUUCAAGCUACCAUUAUUUCAACAAAAUCUAACAUGCUAAGCAAUAAUCAAAGCAGUGCUAUGGAGCAACUGUUACAUACAUUUACAGUGUCAUUUUGUCUAUGUAUGGAGAAGGUUCUUUGGAUUAUUAUCUAGUAAUGGUUUAACCAAAUCAGAGAGCAUACAGGAAGAAUAGCCUUUUUUUUAAGGACACCAAAACCACGUGACAAUUGUCACACGAUACUUUCUUGCAACCAUCUGAAAACUUUUACUCAUACCAUUAUGUGCCAAGUCAUGACUCAUCACACUCUAAUGUGAUGCAGUCUACCUGCUUUAUUAGUAUUUUGUAUAAACGCAUCCAGAUCCAGGUCAUCAAAUUAAAUGAGUGUAGUGAGUUGCUCAAAGUGCAAAUGCGCAAUCAAGGUAAGACCUGUGUGUGAUUGAGAUAGCCCCACAGGAAUGGCAUCUCCUGGGAUCUGCCUAAUAAAAUGAGUAAAAGCAUGUUUGCGCCCUCCAAAAGACAUUCCUUCUUGAAGACUCUUAUUUCAUAAAUAUCAAACAGUGAAAAGUGUAUAAUUCCUCUCAAUACUGUGUUAUUUGUUGUCACAUCACUGAAUAGAUCCAAUUUUAAUGAACUGGUUGCUAAUAGUAAGAGGAUUUGCUGUCUAAAGCCAUCCUCUCUUUCAACGGUGAAUCAAAGUCCUUUCUGGCUGAAAAUUCACUGUACAUGUAAAUGAUAAUUCAGGAGAAGAAUACAUGUAAAUUGUACAGUUACAAUGAUGUGUAUGGUGUGGAGAAAUUGAAAGUUGUGCAUACAAAUGUGAUAAUACAGCUGUAAACGUACCUACCGUUAUAGAUCACAACUGUACAAGAUACAAGCUUAUGCUGUAUUAACAUUUCAUUCCAACAUGUUAAAAUAAUAACAUUCUGGGUGCGGGCUCUUCAAUUGCAGCAAUCACCUAAAAAAACAUCAGUUUCUUGUUUCCAUGAAAUUCUCUGUUGAAUAUGUAACAAGUUUUAAUUACCUGUAAAUUUUUUAUAAUCUACUCUAAAUUGUUUGCAGGAAGUUAUUCAAAUGUGCUGAUGCUGUGGAUAUGUAAGAACAUCCUGAAAGACCUCAUUUUCAGUGGCAUUUAAUCUUAUGUUUAAUGCUGCUUGUAUGAAUAUCAGCUUAUCAGUUGAAUUUUUGAAGAUUGCUGAUAGUUCUUUGAAAAUAAUGAACAUCUUUUGACUCGUUGAAAUUACAAUGCAUACAUCUAGGCAUGGAUGUAGCAAGGGGAGGAGAUAAAAAGGAACUAAAGAGUAGGAAAGCUUGGGUGACACACUAAUAUGCUUCAAAAUACCCUGAAAUUAGGCCCUUUUGCUACUGCUGACUGUUUUACUCCUCCCCCUUGAAAAGGAGCUUUACCCCUUCCAGACAACAUGCAUACAUGUAGGCAUUGACAUUGUAUAGCAUGCUUCUGCUUCUGUACUUUAUGCCAGCAUCCAAGUUUAUACGGUGCUGCAAGUAAUCAUAAAAGUGUUAAGACAUUGCUUUAUCUUAGAGAGUGAAAUGAAAAUUAAAUACUGCAGCCGAAUUUGAAACUUCA